GUAUCGCUUUUCCGGUUGGUCGCUACGUUCCACAAAUGAACUCCUUUGAUUUGGGUUGGAGAGUCACCUACUACGGAGCAGGAAUCGUAGCCAUAAUCCUAGCUCUGCUAACAUGGUUCACGCUGAAGGAACCCGAACGUACUGCCAUAGGAGAAGCAGCGACGCAAAACGAGCAAGGAGAUACUAAGAAAAUCACCAUCUGGGACGUCAUCAAAGAUCCAAGAGUCAUCCUCCUGUGUCUGGCCGCUUCAAUCAGGCAUUGCGGUGGAAUGUGUUUCGCUUACAACUGCGAUCUUUACUAUCAGACCUAUUUCCCAGAUUAUGAUUUAGGUUGGUGGCUUUUUGCCGUCACAAUCGUCAUCGGUUCUAUAGGAGUAGUUGUAGGAGGUAUCAUAUCAGACAAAAUCGUAGCAAAAAUGGGAAUCCGAUCUAGAUGUGUCGUACUUGCAGUGAGUCAACUACUUUCCACGCCAUUCGCCUUUGGAAGUGUGUUCUGCACACCUACCUGGGCUAUGAUAACGCUCGGUAUAUCAUAUUUUUUUGCUGAGAUGUGGUUUGGAAUCCUCUUUGCCAUGGUCGUGGAAAUCGUUCCAUUGAAAGUCAGGUCAACAACAAUAGGCGUAUUUCUUUUUGUAAUGAACAACAUCGGAGGAAACUUGCCUAUAGCUGUGGAACCCGUUUCAAAAAGAAUCGGUUACAGAGAGAGUCUCUUCAUUUUCUACGUAGGGGCGUAUGCUUUAA